GCCCCGCCCACUGCCCCGGCCCGCCCCGCCGGCGGCGUUCGGCUCAGCUCGGGUGCGCUCGGCUCGCCGGGUUCGGUUUGGUUCGGCUGCGUUCUGUUCGACUUGGCGGGGCUCGGCUGCGUUCGGUUCGGUUCGGUUCGGCCAUGGCCUGGUCGCUGCUGCUGGCGGUGUCCGCCCUCCUGGCGCCCGCCGCCCCCUGGGCGCCCUCGGCCGAAGAGGAGCUGCAGUUCAAGGCCUGGAUGCUGCAGAACAACCGGCGGUACGGCCCGGACGAGUACCCCCGGCGGCUGCGCAUCUUCCUCGGCAACAAGAGGCAGAUCGAGGAGCACAACGCGGGGAACCACAGCUUCCAGAUGGGUCUGAACCAGUUCUCAGAUCUGACCUUCGCAGAAUUUAAAAAACUGUACUUGUGGAGAGAGCCCCAGAACUGCUCGGCCACCAAAGGGAACUUCUUGCGCAGCUCUGGGCCGUAUCCCGACUCCAUUGACUGGAGGAAGAAGGGAAAUUACGUGACGCCUGUGAAAAACCAAGGCCCUUGUGGGAGCUGCUGGACCUUUUCUACCACGGGGUGUUUGGAGUCUGCUAUUGCUAUUGCAACAGGAAAGCUCCUCUCUCUGGCGGAACAACAGUUAGUUGAUUGCGCCCAGGCUUUUAACAACCACGGCUGCAGCGGGGGCCUGCCCAGCCAAGCCUUCGAGUACAUACUGUAUAACAGAGGGCUCAUGGGGGAGGACACGUACCCGUACCGGGCUGAGAAUGGCACCUGCAAGUUCCAGCCGGAGAAGGCGAUUGCGUUUGUCAGGGACGUUAUCAACAUCACACAGUAUGAUGAGGACGGGAUGGUGGAAGCUGUGGGGAAGCACAAUCCGGUGAGCUUUGCCUUUGAGGUGACAAGUAACUUCAUGCACUACAGAAAAGGUGUCUACUCCAACCCGCGGUGCGAGCACACCCCGGACAAGGUGAACCACGCUGUCCUGGCUGUGGGGUACGGUGAGGAGGACGGGACGCCGUUCUGGAUCGUGAAGAACUCCUGGGGCCCGCUGUGGGGCAUGGACGGGUACUUCCUCAUUGAACGCGGCAAAAAUAUGUGUGGUCUUGCUGCUUGUGCAUCUUACCCGGUUCCUCAGGUGUGAGAGGAGGGCGCAGGCUGCGGAAGCGGGUGUAGGAAAAGGAGUGACUGAUGGCAUGUGGAUUUCGGAAUGCUAACAUCCAGACAGCGCGAACAAUGUGUGAUUCUCUGAAGCACCGCUCUGACCAGUGCUGGACGUCGGCACCCACAGGCAGAUCCCUCAGUUUGCACAGCUCAGCACCUGUGUCUGCUCUCCCCACACAGCGCUGGCCUCUGCUUCCCCGGUCCCCCGCUCUGCGGAGCGGCCGCAGCAGGGGCUGCUGCAGUGGAAACGCCGCAGUUACCCUGGUUUAAGACGCUGCCCCAACAAAGCUCAGCCCUCAGGUGCCCAUUUCCCAACCCACACGUCACUUCAAGGGAUUUUUUUAAAAUUUUCUUCAAAGGUGAUUUUUUUCUUUCUCUAGAGAAAGAAGAGUGCUGUGAUUUGCACAUUUUAUCUGUUUUCACUAAAUGUUUUUAGUAUUUUUUUGUAUUAAAAAUCAGGGUAUUUUAAUGCAAAGAGAGAAGGGAUGAUUUUAUGAAUUACUGAAGAAAGCAAGGAACAUAUUGCAAAUAGUCGAUAAACACGUACUGGUGGGAGAAGGCCGGGUGUCGGGCAGGGCAUCUGUGUUAUUUCACGCUAAAAUCUGCCGCUGACUGAAUAAAGAAGCCUGGUCCCGGU